AUGUCUGAAAUAGACUUUAGCGUAAUCAUCCGUAUUCCGGCUCGAAACUCGCGUAUUUUACCUGUAGACAUUUUCAACUCUACUUGUUCCAGGGUUUCCGCCAAUCGCCCGCACGCAGCGUUCGAAUCGUUGAAGGCCCCGGAGGCGCAGGAGCCACAGUUGCCACGGUGUCCUGCUAAUCGGCCGUUCGUCUGCUACUCAGCCGAUGCCCUGAAGGAGCCGUACCCGCAGCUCAGUGCUCACACGGAUCCCGAGCUCUCGCAAAAGUGCGUGAAGUGCCAGCUGCCGGACAGGGUCUGCGCCGAGUCCACGAAAUGGGCUAGCGAAACAGGCUUUCGUCCGUAUGCCAGCAGCCCGUACGCAUGCAAGCCCAAUUUUUGUCCCACAAACGACAACGUGGCGGCUCGGCUGAAGCGCGCGGGCGCCGACAAGAUCAUCCGUUACCCUCGAUGCAUCGAAAUUCAAGGGCUCUCGGAUUCGCACAAGGAGUACGUGCUCAACGACGCCCUGUUGAACUGCGCCACAAAUCCGAUCUACCUGGAGAUGAACAAGGAUCCCCGGCUUCGCAUGAAGCUGCAGGAUUGUUCGGCGUUUGACGAUGCUGAUGGUACUGGCAAUAAAAUCUGCCUCUUUACGGCGCCACCAUCGAAGUCCUCCCAUGCCUCCCAGGCAGCUACGAUCGUAGGAGACUUUGCCUGGAUCUACAUCACCGGGGCCGUCAUCGCCAUCCUCCUUCUUGCCGUCGUCGGCGGAACCAUCUACCGGAUCAAGCACAAGUCGCGUCAGAACGACGAUGCCGUAGACCAGGAGUCGGAGGCCUCAAAAAAGCAGGACAUCGAAGCUACGGCAGCCAGCGACCCAAACACCAAUCCGGUCACGCCCGCCAACGCCAUCAAAAACAGGCCCUGGCACAUCGUCAAGAAGCUCGACCCGGCCGAGUACCUGGCAUUUGGGGAACAAAGCUACACAAUCGAUGUCAGCAAGCUGCGCUUCUCCCGGAUCACCAUCCUGCCAGACCUGUUGGAACGUGCCGUCGCGAAUGCGCGUGUCGUCCCGCCACAGAUGCCGCCGAAGACCGCCUUCAACCCAAUAACGAUCGAAGAGGAGUGCAGAGUCGUGAUGCAGGGCCGCGAUUUGCUGAGUCUUUGCGAUGUUGAAAAAUACGGAGCAAUGUUGAAUAUCUUCCAGGAGGAUGGCCUACGCGAUGUCAAACCGAGCACGCAGACCGGUUCUGCCCAGUUGGACAACCUGCCGGCCGCCGGCAAGGCUUGGCAAAGCGAUCCUGAUGCUAAGGAUGAUCGGCCGAAAACCCGUAGAACGGGGCCACCGCAAAACGGGUAUUUCGGCGAGGAUCCGACCGAGGUGGAGCAUUUAUUUGCUGAGGUUGGGACGAAGCUUGCGGAAGGAGGUUUGGGCGGCCAGCCCGACGACGUGCCGCGGCACUCUCGAUCCGCUGCCCGCGUACCCGGGGGUGCUGCGCCGGAGGAUAGCAGCAUCGGCCCCGACGCUUCCACCCCCACUCGCCCGGUCAACAACACACCCGUCGAGACGCCGCCGCAUGCUUGCCCCGGCGAAGAGUCGGCAGAUGUGUGUGUCCGCUGCUUGAUGGAGAACUACCCGGAGCUCACGAAGGAUGAAGACCCCGCGGCGUUGGCCGAGACGAUGCGCGAGCUGAAGUCGGCGAUUGAGGAGCACCAGGACGCGCGCGUGGCAGCCGCCGGGGAGGGUUCUCAGCAGGCCGGGCCGGCCGCCACGCCGAAGAAGAACAUCGCCUACAAGCCGCCAGCCGCCCCUAAGAUGGUUGACGCGCGGCUGCAGUGCACCGCCGCCGAGGCCACCACGUACUGCACGAUCUCGGCCCUAUAUCUGCGCAAGAAACUGCUGCAUCCCUUCAACAUGUCGCUGCCUGAUGCUAAAUUGCCGAUGCUCGUCAACGGCGAUCUGGAUGCGAUGAAUUGGGCCUACUACGGCUACGCGAUACAGGCCCGCAAAUUGAAGAACGUCAUCGAGAUCAACGGCCCGACGAUGUUCAUUCAGGACCUGCAUGGCGAUUUCCGCCAGGCCAUCCGCUUGCUGAUGGACUACUACGAAUCGGCGCGCAAUCAUCCCGGGCUCCGGCUUGUCGUUAUGGGUGACCUGGUGGACCGUGGCCCAGCCUCGCACGAAACAAUCCUCCUGUUCAUGAGCGUGGCAUUCUUUGAUUCAAAGAUCAUCAUUCUGCGCGGAAACCACGAAACCCCGGAAAUUAACGGCAAGUACGGCUUUCAACACGAGACGUUGCGUCGCUUCGACGCCAAAAUUGCCCACAAGCUCUACUCGCACGGGAACUGGGCAUUCAGGCAGCUGCCGCUCGCCGUCGUCUCGAUGGGCCGUAUUUUCGCCAUGCACGGCUGCAUUGACCCCGACGUGCAAACGAUCGAGGAGUACAACAAGUUCGACCGUUUUGCCCGGUACCGCCCCACCUGGCUGAUGUCGCUGCUAUGGAAUGACCCGCAGAAGGGGAUUCUCGGGGCGCAGCCCAACAACAAGCGCAAGGGGCAGUUGGCGCUCGGGCCGGAUGUGAUCCACGAUUGCAUGAAAAGGAAUCAGCUCGAUCUGAUCGUCCGUGGCCACCAGCCUCCGAUGGGCGGCGUCGAAUUCUUCAACGGCAAGGACGUGCUGACCGGCUUCGGAAAGCCCGACUACGACCCGUGGGGCAACUUGGCGUCCAGCAUCCUCUGCGAUGGAACCGGCCGGGUCAAGAUCACCCUCUACGCCGGCGACCUCUCACAGCCUGCUCCAACUGAGGAGCGCGUGAAGAAAAUGCUGCGCCUUUCCCGGAACUUCAGCGUCUACAGCAAGGACGGCAUGAACGAGCAGUACGCCGAGUUCACCAACAAGCUGGCCAACAAGGGCGUGGAGGGCAUCAAGACCGUCAGCGACAUGCCCGCCUCGCAGAAGCUGCUCAACGAAGUCUUGGCGAAGCACGGCGAUGUCGCUGUGCCGCCCAUCCCCGACGAGAUGUCCCCCAAGACCGACGACGACAAGAAGAACAAGAUGAAGAAGGACAAGAAA